AUGAGCGAUUCAGAAGGGACAUCGAAAGAAUCAGAAGGGAAAAUGCAAGAAUCAGAAGGAAAUUUGAAGGAUAGCGAAGAAAGUAAGAGGGAUGUGAGGCAUUCCAUCUCAUCCGUCAGAAGACGUCGGCAUUCUUCAGAAGGCGGUUACUUCAAAGGGAGAAUCAAUGAGAUUGAAACCCCGCUAGUGCCACUUUCCUUCUCCCCGGGAAACACUCCUCUUGCCUGUUCCUCUCUCUACUUCACAUCUUUUUCUCCCACACUCAUCCAUUUUAAACUUUCUUAA